AUGAUCGUCUCAUCUUUGACGUUGAUCAUCAGGCAGCCUAGAAAUUCUGCCACAUUCCCGUUCAUGGUUCCAGGAGUCCCGUUCAUUCCAGCCCUUACGAUAUUUGUCAAUACUUUGCUUUUGGUGACGCUGAAUCAUUGGACGUAUAUAAGGUUUAGCAUUUGGAUGUGUCUAGGUAUGUAAUGGAAAAUUGGUAUGAAAUGUUUGAAUGUUAGCCUCGAGGACUGGGUCGAGUGGAAGAUGAGGCAACCUCGUCCCCAGGGCGCCUUUUCUCUGGCAUAGCACUCUGGCAUAAAUUUUGCCCACAUGAAAAGUUGAGUUUCUUGACCUGUCGACCAACUUCUCUUUUUUUUUUUUUUAUUAAUUUAUUUCCGGAUUAGUUUCCUCUUUUUUUCUUGGUGUAUAUUGGUCAUGGUUGCAAACGUUCCAGUGUAAAAAGUUGUUAUUGUUCAUUCCAGGUUUGUUGGUGUACUUUUCAUACGGUUACAGUCACAGUUUGGAAGCCGUUAGACCGUCUGAGAAAAACAGAAUCUCAGUUCAUCCUGACCCAGACUCCAGACUUUGGUCAAGAAGUUGAAGAAUAUGCACCACCACAUCAUCCAUAAGGAGUCCCAUAAAUAUUGCAAUUCUUAAUUAAUUUUAUAGCUGGAAAGUACUGAUAUGAAUCGAUUAGGAGGAUCAGUUCAUAUUAGAAACAAUCUUUUUGAAAUCGCCCGGCCAUCGUAGAACUAGUAAUCUUGGCGUGCAUAGUUUCCCUGUAUUGAGAGGCGUGGUCAUAACGUGCUGAGUUCUAAUGGGUCGAGACCUGCUGGCCGGAUUUUUAAUAGCGUUCUUCUGGAAGACACUGUACUGAAAUAUAUACUCUCUCCGGUUUAUGAAGAUUAUCCUACGUCGCCAAGCCUCAGUUGAAGUCAGAAAGCUUAGCUUUGUUUUCAGCCAUAAUUCGCAUUGCGUUUGGGAAUAAAUUAUCGUCGACUCCAAAACUAACUUUGUCGCUUGGAAGAACCACAUGGUCAUUGUUUUCCUUCUUGAGCUCCAGAAGGUCUGUCAAAAUGGGAAUAGAGCGGGAAAAAAAAUCUUGAAAGUUUUGAAACCGCGCCAAGAUCAACGGAAAAUUUCAGCCGAAGUGAAAUUGUACACGUCAUGUGAUGGAUGCAAAGCCGAGCAGUACAUAGCAAUUUUUACCCUGGUAGCUCCUUGCUCAUCCCUGAAUAAAUAGGUAGGCCUUGCGCGGCGCUAUGUUAUAAAAACAAUUGUAACAGAAUGGUUUGAACAAUAACACAAUUUUCAUCAGAAAGCGAAAGCGCUUGAGCAAUUACGCAAAAACAAUUAUUUUUCUCAGGGCCGGAAAUCCCUGUAUAACACCGCAGUUUAUGUGAUAAAUCACAUUUCCGCCCGGGGACACGAAUAAUAUUUUCGUAUGCUGGUAGUAUUUCUUACAAGUGAGCGCGAUGUGAGCUCAGUAGUAUUUAUUAAAUUCUGUAUUUUAAUGAUUUACAAUCACGAUGUUAUAGGAUUACAACAAAACCGAACAUACAUUCAACAUGCUUCUUUGGUCUCCACAACACUCGCAACAGAGCAAGCAUGGCAUUGUGGGAUGUCCAAUACAUAAACUUACGGCUACCUCAAACAUCCGGUUUUAAUACACUACAGUAUUUUGUCUAAAAUUAAUGUUCUUUUUUUUUUUGUGAGAGAACCUAACUUUUUAGGCCUCAAUGGUUUUCAUCAGGUUUCAUCGCCAUUUCGUUUGGAUGCCUUUGUUAUUCUUAAAUCUCAAAAUAUUAGUAGAUGUUGUUAAAAUCACCGGUAAAACAAUCGUUUUGGAAUCCAACCUCUACUGACGGCCCCUUCUCCAGCAAAGGCUACCAAUUUGAGUCCCAAGUGCCUGAAUUAUCUCUUUACACCGACUACAUAAUCGACGGUGUAAAAGAAACGUGUGACAAAAACCUCGAGGAGGCUAUCUUGGACAGUUUAAUACAACCACAGCAAAAAGUCUGUAAUACUGAAAAAAACAAACAGACUCACUGCACCCAAGAGAUUAUAACAGUUUAUAACCUCUUGCUGCACCUUGUUAGUUUUGUUUUGUUCUGUUCACGUUUCUCCUCUUAGCACUCGGUGGACGAUAAAUAUUCUAACCUUUGAAAGUGUUGUAUCAUCUUACACUCAAACCUCUCUUAACGGCCACUUUUCUUUGUCUUUUCUCUGUCUCCGUUGUGGCAGUUGGGGGAAUUCUGACUGUAUUACACUGACUUUAAGCAGGAUACGAUAAUUGCACCAUUUUCCCCCUCCCUCCCCCCUCAAUCCAUAACUCAUUGUUCAGUGACAGUCCUGGAAAAGGGAGGCUUGGUUUAUUAUAAAAGAUAAGCCCAAGGAGGAGCAAAAGGCGAAAAGCAGGUUUCAUCUGUUUCGAUUAGUUCAUUAACAAAACAUUGUCCCUCGUACUAUCGGCGCUCGGAUCAAGCUCACUUCCAUCCUUGCCUGUGUUUUUCACUUCUUGAUAAGUUUACUUUUUUUUUCGUUCAGAGAGCUCUUGUCACUUAGACUUACAUUGUGUGCUUCUUUUGUUUCUUGUGUUAGGUUGUAUUGUAUUGUUAUUGUUGUCCGGCGUCUGUUUAAAGUGCCCCUGACACGAAAUUUCUUUUUGCAUUUUCUGGUUGAUACCUGUUUUAAAAUUAGAAAUAAUCGACCUUGACGCCUAGUGAGUUCACCUUGACCAUUCUUUUGUGCACUGAAAGUACGAUUUGGCUGCCAAAAAGUGUCUCCAUUAUUGUUGUUAUGCAUUCAUUUCUUGGAUAGAGAAAACAAUGACAAAAACAAUACAUUGCCAUUGGGAAAACAGAUUUGUUUAACAAUAGUAUGGGGCUGUGCGCAAAUUUUACCCUCCAAAGCAUUGACCGAGGGAAACCUUCGCCGCACAUAGUGCGAAGGAAUAAAUUGUUGUGGCAACAGAAAUGAACACAGCUACCCAUUCUUAACCAUGAUAGAUUUCGCAGUGAAAUUUCCGAACAGGCCCAUAUUAUUGAAAAAGAAAAAUGUUUUCCCGAUGGCAAUGUAAUGUCUUUGUCCUGGUUUUCUCUAUCCAAGAACUGAAUGCAUAAUGUAGUAUGGAGCUAUGCGGAAAUUUUACCGAUUUCGCCAUAAAAAACAAAACACAAACGCAACAAACUAAACAUUCAGUAACGCGAAGUUUUUGUUCUAAUCCUGACUUAAACACCGCAGUUUGGUGCACGCGGUUCUCCUUCGAAGGACUGAACUGUACUCGCAACUUCCAUUUCUUAUCUACUACUUGAGUACGAUGUAUCACAACUCUCGGUAGAGCUUGCUGAAGGUAGCUAUACAUCGCUAUCGGACAUUAUUUCGAGAGUAUUUUAACGCUGACUAUACAAAAUUAGAAGAUUUGUGAGAGAUUUGUAGGUUUAAUUUUCACAGUAUUUACGUCAUCACCCGCUAAUUCGUUACCAGUCCACGGGACACUUUUUAGACAAAAUAAGAGCACUUUAAGGCCCGAAGAAACCUAGUUUUAAGUUUUUUUAAAUUUUUCUUCUUUCGGAAUUGGUUUGUACAUAUGAUAAGCUGAAUAUUUACCCAAACAAUUUUCGUGUCAUAGGCACUUAAAUGCUUCGCUACACACGAUAAUGUAUUCUGUGUCUAAUGACAUACCUCACGCUUUUGCUAAUUAUGGUGUAAACUGACCAAUAAAGACACUACUACGUGAUUCCAGUAGCGGGACUAGAACGGGCGGACUUUCGGUGAACUUCAGCUCGCUUUAUCCAAACGUUAACGGUCGCUUUUUAAUAACUUGACAGAGGAUCUCUUUUACUGAGAGAAGGUAAGUUUAGUGUCUUAACCCUCCUUACUGCCGAAGUCUAAAAAAGGAAAAAUUACUAUGAGCAUCUGCAUUAGAAAUCAUGGAAACGUUGACAAGGUUGACUAGGCAUUUGGUUGAAAGCUUUGUACUUGAAGUUAGACAUAGAAUCCACAAGAUUCUUAUCACGAUUUAGGAAUUGAUUGUCUGUAAAGUGCACUUAUUCUCUAAAAUGACAUUUUUGCAAAGCGAGACUUGUGUUGCGCAGGAAUUUCAAGUCACAGUCAACUACCCUGAACAUUAUACCAAGUCAUGCAGACGGGCCGCUUCAGUUGAAAAUUCAAUUAUUUAAAAUAUUGUUAUUAUUGUCUAAAUUAUUGUUGUAGUUAUUAUUAAAAUUGCAAAAAAGGGGACAAAAAAAUUAAGCAUAACUGACUGACUUCAAGAGACAUUUGACACAGGAGAUUACUCCACCUUGUAAUAUUGAUUACAGCAAUCCUCAAGAGGGUUUUUUUUUUUAGUAUCAGUUUUCUUCUAAACUGAGUAAUCGUCUGCAGAUACCGAAAAUCGAUUCUUGGGUCACAAGUAUGGAAAAAAAUUUUCUUCCCAUUCGCUCAUCAAUAUUUAUCUUCAAUGCUUAAGGGUGACUUUGCUAAUCAGUGUCGCUUUACACUCAACCAUUCCUAAUUUACUGCUUUUUUUAUUCGGUUGCGUUUUGGCUAUACCAAUAUGUCUGUUUGCAUUCAAUAACUAAAUACCACAUACUUUCCUGUACACAGGCUCACUCAAUCAAUUAUGUUGUCUUCAUUUUAUUUAUUUCGUUGUUUCUUUCUUUCGUUUUUUUCUGACAGACUGAUAUACAGACUUUUAUACGAUAUACGAAAGCCCUGUUGCUCAAUAACACGCAAGCCGCGCAUAUCCUCGUAGCUGGUUCAAAAUUUCAUCGCCAGCAUCAAAUAAUUUAUUAAUUUCAUUUUAGAAGUCGAACACCUCUGCCUUACUUGGUUAUUUUAGUGAAGCUUAGCUCUUUCAAACUUGCCCUUUGUUUUCAAGAUUACUUUAGCACAGAAAAUGACGCAAGGCUGUGCUUUGACCUUAACCGACUAGUUAGCCUUUGCUUUAAGCUUUUUUUUUUAUUUAACUGAAGGUUACAAAGGCAAAUUGUGUGGCACGCACCAUAGCUAGAAAAAGAACACUCGACUUUUUACCGCCUCUUUUAAAACCGACAGACACCUCGACAAUGAGAAGCUGUGUUAUUAUGCAUGAAUACCAAAAUACAUUGAUAAAUGAUAGAUAAGGAAAGCAACAGAAAAUCUCAUAAAUUUGUGUGUCGUAGGCAAUUUCCUAUCCUUCCCUAAUCAAGCGACGAAAUUAAAGCAAGCGAAAAAGUAAGAGAACGUGGAAUUCAUCCCUUCCAUCUCUAUCUUUUCCUCUUAUCACUGGAAGUCUGUAACUGAUGAAUUAAAAAAUAUUUAUACCGAAUGAAAAAACACACUCGAACUAAUGAAUCGAAAGUAACCGUUAGAUAAAAACAAUUUUUUUUUUAUUUUGACAGCGAUGAACAGCUGCUCCAAAGUGCGUGACAACUUAACACGUAUAAAGCCUACAGAAGACUGGCUAUCGGAGAGCCGCCUUAAAAGAUGCCUUACAACCUCAGAUCUCACUUUUUUCGGUGUGGGCUGUGUGUUAGGUGCUGGCCUGUACGUGGUCACAGGGGAAUUAGCACGUGACAUCGCUGGGCCCGCUGUUAUUAUCUCCUUUUUCAUUGCUGCUGUUGCUGCCGCUUUGUCUGGGAUUUGUUACGCGGAGUUUGGAUGCCGUAUUCCCAAGGCCGGCUCCGCCUACACGUACUCGUAUGCGACUGUUGGAGAGUUUUGGGCGUUCGUUCUCGGUUGGAACAUGAUUCUAGAAUAUGUCAUCGCUGCUGCAAGCCUGGCGCGCGCCUGCAGCGAGUAUAUCAACUCAUUUGCUCAGGGUUAUAUAUUCAAGUUCUUUAUGAACGAAAUAGCCACGUGGAACGUUUCUGGCCUUGGAAGCUUUCCUGACUUCUUGGCAUUCACACUGGCCUUGGCGGCUUCUUUUAUUGUCUCGCUGGGAGCACAAAAAUCAUCUCUUGUGAAUAAAAUUGUAACCUUCGUAAACUUAGCCGUCAUCUUGUUCAUCAUCGUUAUUGGAUUUUACUUCGCCGAUGGGGAGAACUGGAAACCAAAAUUUGCCCCGUACAGGUUUCGAGGUACUCUAGCAGCUGGGGCAAGCUGCUUUUUCGCCUUCGUUGGAUUUGACGUCAUAGGAUCGGCGGGAGAAGAAGCUAUCAAUCCCAAGCAUUCGCUACCCUUCUCUACCAUUCUUACUCUUGCGAUAAGUUUCUUGGCGUAUUUUGGAGUCGCAACGGUGCUUACAUUAAUGAUACCUUAUCAUAAACUGAGCCACUUUACUCCUCUGGCUGAGGUUUUUGUUCAACGUGGGUUGAGCGGCGCCAAAUACGUGGUGGCAAUAGGUGGGCUUUGUGCAACAAUGAGCUCCCUGCUGGCCAACUUAUUCGCAGGCCCACGUAUUGCAUACUCCAUGGCGUCUGACGGAUUGAUAUUCAACUGGUUUGCGCAUGUGCACGAGAAGACAAAGGUUCCAGUUCGUGCGGUUUUGGUUGAAGGACGUUUAGCUGCAAUCCUUGCUUUACUUCUUGACGUAAAGCAACUGGUUAGUUUCUUAAUUGGAAUUAAUUUCUUUAACUGAAAGCAAAAUCGAGUCUCGCGAGAGCUGUCUAAACAUGAUUCACUAGCGAAGCUGUCGAAAUGUUACUAUUAACAUAACAGAUAAUUUAGUAGAAGUGGGUAUAUUCCGUAGAAUGGAAUUUUGGAUUGAAUUUGAAUUAUUCUCCGCAUGGUAACUUUUUUUAGCAUUUAGCAACGACAAAAAUUCUCUUUAACGCCAACCGUAGCUUAGAAUUGACACCUAAAAAUGGAAAACGUAAAAACACGGUUUCCAUCUGAACGCGUUGUGGUCCUAUAGAGAACGUUCGACAUUUACUAAGAAAGAUACUGAGGGAAAUUUUAAUUCUUAAAAUAUCUUUCUGUAUCAUAUCGCUGGCAUCGUUCGUGAGCAAUAUGAAGCAAAUCCUGUGUUCUGAUUGGCAACCCAACUGGGCAUCAUGGACCCAUCUUGCCCACUUGGGAUUGCCUGCCUCGAUCCUGCACUAAAAAACGUCGCAUGGAGCAGACUUACAAAGUUCGUAAUUUGUGGACAAUAGCGGCGAUAGAGUCGCAAAAAGCGCAAAAGACUGUCAAACCAAAGAAAACAUAAACGACUCUUGAGGGUUUGUUCUGCUGCAAACACAUUAAGCUCUCUCUCCCGGCUCUCAUCAUUAAAUCUUUUAUUAAAACAAAGCGAGAUACUUUCGAUAUAUAGAUACAAUAAAUCCUUUGUUGACCAAGCUUGUUCAGUCAAGAUGACUGGACAUUAGGCUAGUUCCUUUUUUGUGUUUUCAUAGACUCGAUCCAUGGAAACGCAAAAAAAGAGAACUCGGCCAAUAUCCAGCCAUCUUCACCUCACUCCUGGUAUGUCAUUUUCACAUGUAUUUUUAGGUGGAGUUGUUGUCUAUCGGUACCAUAAUGUCGUACACCAUGGUAGCUAUUGCUGUGUUGGUGACGCGUUACACUCCUGGAGUACAAAUCGUCAAAUAUGACGACGACAGAACCAAAGAAAGGACCCGAAAAUGGCUUCAGUCGGUCUGCUGCCGUCCUGGCGAGACUGAGGACAAAGAUGGUGCUAGUCACGAGGUUACCUACCAACGAGUCGAAAGCAACGAUGAGGAGUCGUCAAAUGUAACAACAGAACCAGACAGUACGACAAGCUUCCAUGCACGUGUUGGUGCAUUCUUGUUGACUGUAUCCAUAAUGGCCCUAAAUAUCUGCCUUACUCAAACACAGUCAUAUCUGAGCUCGGGGGAGGUCUGGGCAAUCAUUCUUUCCUGUAUCUUCGGUUUAAUGAUCGUCUCAUCUUUGACGUUGAUCAUCAGGCAGCCUAGAAAUUCUGCCACAUUCCCGUUCAUGGUUCCAGGAGUCCCGUUCAUUCCAGCCCUUACGAUAUUUGUCAAUACUUUGCUUUUGGUGACGCUGAAUCAUUGGACGUAUAUAAGGUUUAGCAUUUGGAUGUGUCUAGGUAUGUAAUGGAAAAUUGGUAUGAAAUGUUUGAAUGUUAGCCUCGAGGACUGGGUCGAGUGGAAGAUGAGGCAACCUCGUCCCCAGGGCGCCUUUUCUCUGGCAUAGCACUCUGGCAUAAAUUUUGCCCACAUGAAAAGUUGAGUUUCUUGACCUGUCGACCAACUUCUCUAUUUUUUUGUUUUUAUUAAUUUAUUUCCGGAUUAGUUUCCUCUUUUUUUUCUUGGUGUAUAUUGGUCAUGGUUGCAAACGUUCCAGUGUAAAAAGUUGUUAUUGUUCAUUCCAGGUUUGUUGGUGUACUUUUCAUACGGUUACAGUCACAAUUUGGAAGCCGUUAGACCGUCUGAGAAAACAGAAUCUCAGUUCAUCCUGACCCAGACUCCUGACUUUGGUCAAGAAGUUGAAGAAUAUGCACCACCACAUCAUCCAUAA